CCCGCCUAGCUGGGCCUGGAGGUGCUGGGAGGGACGCGGCGGGCGUGCUCUUCCACCCUUCCUACCCUCUUCGGGCGCGUCCUGUACCCCACCCUGCCCCGUGCAUGCAGCCUGGGGCUCCAGGGCCAGGUCAGCGGGCGGGCAGACCGCUGCCCAGCGCAAACGCGUCUCCCGACUGUAACCUGACUUCCUGCUAGCUCUGUAGACCGUGCAGGCAGAGGGAGGAUGCGGGCCGAUCUGCAUCCCUGGUGGAGGUGCCUCACCGCCACACCAGUGUCCCCGCAGAGGCUGCCUGCUUCUCUGCCGAGUGGAGCCCGAGUUGGCAGACGUGAGCACCGUGGCAGCGGACACCCCGGCCACCCUGCAGACCCCGGGCGUGACCUCUGACCUCGAGGCGUGUGGCUGCUGCCCGACCCGCACGUGGCGUUAGCAGGCAUGGGGCGCUGCUGAGCGGGCCGUGGCCUCCUCCUUCCGCCCUGCUGACCAGCACACAGGCCCCAGCCCCUGGGCUGCAGGUGACAUUCCCACCAGCCGCCCUCUCCACCUGUGUCCAGCAUCCAUUCGUCCAGCUCACGUUCAACCGGGGUUCUGGGCCAGGGCCCAGUCCAGUUCUGGGUGCAAAACAAGGUACCAGGCAGAAGCUUCAUGGGGACAGUAGGUGAGCUGAGAAGAUGCCAGCGUUGACACGUGCCAGGGAAGGCACCUAAACGUAGGGGCCCGGACGGAGGGAGUGGACGCUGCUUUACCCGGUGUGGCCAACGAGCAUCGUGCUGAUAGGCUGGCCGGGCCAGUCCCCCGUAAUCUCCCCAAAGGAGAGAGCCAGGGAAAAGCAAUUUGGAAAACUGUACCGGGCAGAGACAGCAGGAGCCGGUGUCCUGAGGCCAGCGUGGAGGGAAGGACAGAAGAGUGUUAGAUGGCCCCAGGCAGGGAACGGGAGGCACUGGACUCUGAGGCGGUGUGGCUUCCUGCUGAGUGCGUGACCCAGGGCCGUGGUGGCCUCGAGGGCUGACCAGUGUCUCCCAGCUCCCUGGCUGCGGGAGGGCUCCGCAGCUCCAGCGGGCAUCCACGGCCCGGGCCGCAGGCCAUGGUCAGCCCGAGGGGUGUGUGGGUUCUGGGCGAGUCUUGGAGACUGGACUCGCGCGUUUGCUGGUGCUGAGGUGUGGGUGUGAGAGAGGGCGGGCGCGGGGAGCAGCCAGGCUUUCCCGGAGGACAGGCUCGGAGGGGGCGUCGGCUUUGCCAGCUGAGAUCCCCACGAGGGGACGCUGGGGACUGCUCUGCACCAGUGGUCCUCAGGCCCUCUGUCCUGAGCUUGGUGCUCGGGGAGGGACCAGCAGAGCGAACGGCUCUAAGGCAGGCGCAGUGGGCCCGGGGCGGGGCCAUCCCGAGGGGGCCAGCGCUGGCCUUUGGAUGUCAGCGCGGAGUGGCCAGGCUCGGAGGGGGCCUCAGGUGCCCUCCUGUAUGUCACCUGCAUGAUGACCCUACAAAACAGGUGCCUCGGCUGGAGGUGUCACAGGCCUGUGAUCCCAGCACUCUGGGAGGCUGAGCCAAGAGGAAGCUCUGCGUGGGUAAUGUAGUAACUUAGCAAGACUCUGUAUAGAAUGAUGUAGCUCAGUGUGCAGGGCCUGGGUUCAGUCCUCAGUAUGAAGGAAGGAAGGGGGAAGAAAGGGAGAGAAAACCCAAAAAGAAAAGAGGGAGAGAAAGAAAGAACGGAAAGGAGAAAAGGUGCCUUGUGUCUUUGCCCCCUGGGGCAGCCGGGGCUCUGUGGGCUGGUCUGGGACUGAACCCCCUGGGGCCCUGGGUGAGCACUCCCCUGGGACUGCUCCCAUGUGUUGUGGGCGGCUCUGGGCAGGGGAUCCCUUGUAGGGCCGGAGGAGAAGCUGGAAGUGUCGGGCUCACCUGCCAGCCUGGCGCUUCCCUCCUGUCCUCGUGACAGCAGCAGUGUGUGUGACUCCAGAUCUCUGCUGUCCCUGCCCAGCCUCUGGCUGAGGGUGCCAGCAGAGAGGAAGGCAGCUCUUCACUCAGCAUCUGCCCUCACUGCCCUCCCAGCCCUCCCUGCUGCCGACCAGCCCCAGCUUCCUGAGGGCUCUCCCCGUGCAGGUGUUGCCUGUGGGUGUGCAUCUGCUCGGUUGGCGCCUCGUGGCCGGCCGCCCCUGUGUGGACAGAGCGUGCUGCUGGUGGAAGGGGCAGCAAGCUUGGGGCGGGGAUGUGCGCAACCUUGCAGGAGUCCUGGGGCCACCCAGACAGCCUGGGCUGUGGGGCAGAGAGGGCAAGGCCAGCCAAAGUUUGCACCCCUGAGCCCGGCCUGGGCUGCAGAGCCCCUGCACCAAGUCCCCUGGAGGUGAGGAGAGCCGGGUCCGUGUGCAGUGCUGCGUGGCACUGUCUGCACAGCCCCGAGGGGACACUGACUCCCCUCUUCCUGCCGCCUCACUGGCCCCUGCCCUGCCCUCACUCUGCCCGGCUGUGCUCCCCGAGCUCCCCUGCACCUGGCUGGCUGAAGAGCCGAGUGUCUGUCCGGCUCCAGGAAGGUCUCGGUCCCGUGUCUGUGCAGACCCGAACCCUCCUUGAUCUCCGUGGAGCCUGCAGGACACAGUGCUGCCCUGGAGUUCUGCAGCGCUCACACACCAGGCUGGUGUAGAACCCUUGGCUGGUGUGAUUUCCGACAAGCCCAUCCUCCUGUUUCCUGCUCUGACCUCACUUUUGUGCCCGAGCAGCCGCAGGCGGGAAACCAGGCUCUGUGGGGGGAGCCGGCAGCUCCAGAAUGUCCACACCGGCCUUGACCUGUCGGUGCCCCAGCACCAGGAAGUGCGGGGCAAGAUGCUGUCCGGCCACGUUGAGUACCAGAUCCUGGUGGUGACCCGGCUGGCUGCGUUCAAAUCAGCCAAGCACAAGCCCGAGGAUGCUGUGCAGUUCUUGGUCUCCAAAAAGUACAGCGACAUAGAGGAGUUUUACCAGAAACUGAGCAGGCGUUACGCAGCGGCCAGCCUGCCCCCGCUGCCCAGGAAGGUCCUGUUUGUUGGAGAGUCUGACAUCCGGGAGAGGAGAGCCAUGUUCAGUGAGAUUCUGCACUGUGUCGCCAAGGACGUCCAGCUGGCAGGCAGCCCUGAGCUGCUGGAGUUCCUAGGGCCGUCGCUGAACUCUUUUCUGACUACUGUGGAUCCCCUGGUUCCAUGGGAGAGAAGGGAAUUUUCCAGAAGAAUGUCGACAGCAAAUAACCGGCUUUCAAACAGCACCAGAUCCCCUGGGGCCGCAGGUGUCACCAGCAGGGACACAGGAGGCCAGGCGGGGCACAGUGAGGAGGCUUUCGACUUCUUCGAGCAGCAGGACCGAGAGGCCAGUGUGGGUCUGCCCGUCCUGGGCCAGAAGAGUGAGUCUGAAGAGCAGCCCCUGGAGGAGGAGGAGGAGGCCCUGGACCCCCUGGGCAUUCUUCGCUCCAAGAAGCCCAAGAAAUGCCCUAAGGUGGCUGUGAAGGCCAAGCCCGUGCCCCGCCUCACCAUCUUUGAUGAGGAGGAGGAGGAUGGCCCCGAUGUGGAGCUCUUCGGCCCAGGCGGGAAGUUGUCCUGGAGGGGUCCCCGCCAGGGUGCGCCCCCCAUAGACUCCCUGAAGCUUUUUGAUGACCCUGACCUCGGCGGGCCCGUCCCCCUGGGUGACCCCUUGCUGCUGCCGGCUGCCUGUGGACGUGCAGGGCUCACGACCAGCCUGGAUGGCAGGGGCGGCUCUGCUGAGCUGUUCAGAGUUGAAGAGGACUUGGACCAGAUUCUGAACCUAGGGGCCGAGCCCACGCCUAAGCCCAAGCCACCCGUGGCGGAGAAGCCAGCACUGCCCAGAAAGCCAGCUGUGCCCCCCAGGGCAGCCCCGCCAGAAGCCUCGCUCACACAGCAGAGGCGACAGCAGCAGGUCCAGGCGAUGGACGAGGUGGGCAUCUUGCAGUACAUCCAGGACCACGAGGCACAAGCCCAGGCCCCUCCCAGCCUCUUCUGACCUGAGCUGCGCACCCUCCCGUGGGGCCUGCCGCGUCCCUGAGGACCUCCAGUCCCGGGCGCAUGGGGGAGUCGGGGCCUGGCCACGCCAUCGUCCUUCUGUCUCCAGCCUGCUUGACUGGAGCCUGGAAUAGAGGGGUCAGCACGGGAAUUGACCCCCGCGCCCUCCCUUCCGGCCAGUGUGGAGGGGAGUGGUAGGGGCCUUGCUCACCUGCUCCCCGGUGCCUGGCUCCGAGCUCGGGCGGAGCCGUUAGGGCCCAGGGAGGCACCAGCCGGCACAGAAAGGAAGGCCUGGGGGCUGCCGGGGGCUGCUCUGCUCGGCUGCCAGCCUGGAGGAGGACCCGAGGAGCAGCCUACGCGUCCUGGACCUGCAAGCCCAGGUCUCCCCUGCACAUCCUCCCCGGUCCUGGCCACAGCCAGCGUCUGCCAGAACAGCUGUCAGCAGCGUGGGCCGGCGCAUCCCCGAUCUCGGCUCCUCACGUGGGUCCUGGUGCUCUAGGCCCCAUCCAGGGCUCUAGGCCUUCUUGGUGGCCUUUACCGGGGUACUGUAUGCGGGGCAGGCCGGCGCCUCACAUGGUGCCUGGGCACCACGCAGCUUGAACCCGGCCACGGAUGCUGUUUCGGGGAGCAGAGGAUGUCGGGCCAUGUCUCCUGGACGUGUUCCUCAUACUCAGAGCCGGUUUUCAAUGAAACGCAAGUGUUGUUCACAAAAGCAA